GGGACAGUAUCUCUGUGGCCAAGCGGGCUGCAGAGUCAAGGGGAGAUGAUAACAGCGUGUUCGAUCUCUUUGAGCUCAUCGGCUUUAUUCGCAAGGGAGCCGGGCGCCGGGCGCCCGGGGUGCACCUGGUGAAGGGACCAGAGUCUUCCAGCCCUGCUUACCGUAUUGAAGAUGCCAGCCGCAUCCCGGCCGUCCCUGACGACAAGUUCCAAGACUUGCUAGACGCCAUCCAUGCUGAGAAGGGCUUCAUCCUUCUGGCCAAUCUCCGGCAAGCCAAGAAGAGUAGGGGCACACUGCUGGCCGUGGAACAGAAAGAUGGCUCUGGCCACGUCUUCAGUCUAGUAUCCAACGGCAAGGCAGGCACCCUGGACCUGAGCCUUACUGCUGAGGGUGGCAAGCAACAUAUAGUGUCAGUAGAGGAUGCCUUGCUGGCUACAGGACACUGGAAGAAUAUCACCCUGUUUGUGCAGGAGGAUCGGGCUCAGCUCUAUGUGGGCUGUGAGAAGAUGGAAAAUGCAGAACUGGACAUCCCCAUCCAGAACAUCUUCACUAGGGAUCUGGCUAGCAGUGCCAGGCUCCGUAUUGCCAAAGGAGGAGUCAACGAUAACUUCCAGGGACUGCUGCAGAACGUGCGGUUUGUGUUUGGAACAACUCUGGAAACCAUCCUGAGGAACAAGGGCUGCUCCAGUGCCACGAGCGCGAUCAUUACGUUGGACAACCCCAUCAAUGGUUCCAGCCCAGCUAUCCGCACCAAUUACAUUGGCCAUAAAACGAAGGAUCUCCAAGCAGUCUGUGGCUUUUCCUGUGAUGAGCUAACAAACAUGUUUGUGGAACUGCAAGGGCUACGGUCCAUGGUUACCACACUUCAAGACAGAGUGCGCAAAGUGACUGAGGAAAAUGAACUGAUUGCUAAAGUGGUCCAGAUCACUCCUGGAGUAUGCAUUCACAAUGGGGUUUUGCACAAAAAUAAAGAAGAGUGGACUAUUGACAGCUGCACUGAAUGUACUUGCCAGAACUCUGCCACUAUAUGCCAGAAAAUCUCAUGCCCUCUAAUGCCUUGCUCCAAUGCCACCGUUCCUGAUGGAGAGUGCUGCCCUCGAUGCUGGCCUAGCGACUAUGCUGAUGAUGGAUGGUCGCCUUGGUCUGAAUGGACAUCGUGUUCUGUGACCUGUGGGAAUGGGAUUCAGCAGCGAGGACGCUCCUGUGACAGCCUCAAUAACCGCUGUGAAGGGUCUUCUGUGCAAACACGAACUUGCCACCUUCAGGAGUGUGAUAAGAGGUUUAAACAGGACGGUGGCUGGAGCCACUGGUCACCAUGGUCAUCAUGUUCUGUCACUUGUGGCACGGGCAUGAUCACUAGAAUUCGUCUCUGCAACUCUCCAGUACCACAGCUGAAUGGGAAACCUUGUGAGGGUGAAGCAAGAGAAACCAAAUCCUGCCAGAAAGAUCCUUGCCCAAUUAAUGGCAACUGGGGGCCAUGGUCUCCAUGGGAUGUCUGCACUGUCACAUGUGGUGGAGGACUUCAAAAGCGCAGUCGUCUCUGCAAUAACCCAGAACCUCAGUAUGGGGGGAAGACUUGUGUAGGUGAAGCCAAAGGGACCCAGGUCUGCAACAAACAGGACUGCCCAGUUGAUGGGUGUCUGUCUAAUCCUUGCUUUGCGGGAACAACAUGUACCAGCUCCCCUGAUGGCUCCUGGAAGUGUGGAGCCUGUCCAGCUGGCUACCAUGGUGAUGGUGUCCACUGCCAGGAUAUUGAUGAGUGCAAAGAGGUUCCUGAUGCCUGCUUUGUCUUCAAUGGAGUGCACAGGUGUGAGAACACUGAACCUGGGUACAACUGCCUGCCUUGUCCUCCGCGUUUCACUGGGACACAGCCGUUUGGCCGCAGCGUUGAGGAUGCCAUGGCUAACAAGCAGGUUUGCAAGCCACGCAAUCCCUGCACAGAUGGAACACAUGACUGCAACAAGAAUGCCAAAUGCAAUUAUCUUGGCCACUUCAGUGACCCUAUGUAUCGCUGUGAAUGUAAACCUGGCUAUGCUGGCAAUGGCAUCAUAUGUGGGGAAGAUACUGACUUGGAUGGAUGGCCAAAUGAAAACCUUGUCUGUGUUGCCAAUGCCACUUACCACUGUAAAAAAGACAACUGCCCCAAUCUGCCAAACUCUGGGCAGGAAGACUAUGAUAAGGAUGGGAUUGGUGAUGCCUGUGACAAUGAUGAUGAUAAUGAUAGUAUUCCUGAUGACCGGGACAACUGUCCAUUCAUCUACAACCCACAGCAGUAUGACUAUGACAGGGAUGAUGUUGGUGACCGCUGUGAUAACUGCCCCUACAAUCACAACCCUGACCAGAUCGACACUGACAACAACGGAGAAGGAGAUGCCUGUGCAGUGGAUAUUGAUGGAGAUGGUGUUCUUAAUGAAAUGGACAACUGCCAGUAUGUCUACAAUGUAGACCAGAGGGAUACAGACUUGGAUGGAGUUGGAGAUCAGUGUGACAACUGUCCACUAGAACACAAUCCUGACCAGGAAGAUUCAGACUCUGACCGUAUAGGUGAUGAAUGUGACAACAACCAGGACAUAGAUGAAGACGGUCAUCAAAAUAACCUUGAUAACUGCCCCUAUGUGCCCAAUGCUAAUCAAGCUGACCAUGACAAGGAUGGAAAAGGCGAUGCCUGUGACCAUGAUGACGACAAUGAUGGCAUCCCUGAUGACAAGGAUAACUGCAGACUGGUUGCCAACCCAGAUCAAGCUGAUUCUGAUGGUGAUGGACGUGGAGAUGCUUGCAAAGAUGACUUUGACCAAGAUAGUGUGCCAGACAUUGAUGACAUCUGCCCUGAAAAUGUGGACAUUAGUGAGACUGAUUUCCGACGAUUCCAGAUGAUUCCCCUGGAUCCCAAGGGAACAUCCCAAAAUGAUCCCAACUGGGUGGUUCGUCACCAGGGCAAAGAACUGGUUCAGACAGUCAACUGUGAUCCUGGACUUGCAGUGGGUUUUGAUGAAUUCAAUGCUGUGGACUUCAGUGGCACAUUCUUCAUCAACACAGAAAGAGAUGAUGAUUAUGCUGGCUUUGUAUUUGGCUACCAAUCCAGCAGUCGUUUCUAUGUUGUCAUGUGGAAGCAGAUCACCCAGUCCUACUGGGACUCUACGCCAACCAAAGCUCAGGGCUACUCAGGUCUCUCCAUCAAAGUAGUGAAUUCCACCACAGGUCCAGGAGAACAUCUUCGUAAUGCUCUGUGGCACACAGGAAACACUCCAGGGCAGGUGAGAACUUUGUGGCAUGACCCUCGUCACAUAGGCUGGAAAGACUUCACAGCGUACAGAUGGCGGCUUAGCCAUAGACCAAAGACUGGCUACAUCAGGGUUGUAAUGUAUGAAGGGAAAAAGAUCAUGGCAGACUCGGGACCAAUCUAUGAUAAAACCUAUGCUGGUGGUCGGCUAGGAUUAUUUGUCUUCUCUCAAGAAAUGGUGUUCUUCUCAGAUCUUAAAUAUGAAUGCAGAGACCCAUAAUCCCAAGAUUACUGGAUCCAGAGACUAUUUAAAAAUGCUGGUAUUGCACCUUCUGAAACGUUUAGCCUUAAGUCCUGGGACCAUUUAUAUUAUUCCUUCCUUUCUUCUUUCUGCAUAAAUGUGGACUCAAAACACAUGACCUGCCUCAAGAGAAAGCUUCUGAAAGAAUGAAAGUGAGACCAUACUUGGUGUCUGACCUCUGCUGGAAUGGAAGGAAACAAAUGUCUCUCGCAAAUGAGAAAUGUCUUCAUGGAACAAGCACACUUCGGGGAGGAAAGACAUUUGUUUUGCUGUUCAUCGCAGUGUGGUGUCACUGCCUUGCUAACUGGAGGUCCCAUGGAGUAGCAUUUUGUAAAAAAAAACAUCCUUGGAUGUGCUGUGGACUACUUAAACUAAAGACCUUU